AUGUCCAAUCCAUAUGACUAUACAGUUGGCUGGAUUUGCGCUAUUGCAACUGAGUAUGUUGCUGCGCAAGUCUUUCUCGAUGAAGAACACAAAGGACCUGAAGCCGUGUCCACACACGACAACAACGACUACACUCUGGGCAAGAUCGGGAAACACAAUGUCGUCAUUGCAGUUCUUCCGCAUGGCGAAUAUGGGAUAUCAUCCGCUGCUGGCGUCGUGAAAGAUAUGCUUCACAGCUUUCCCAACGUCAGAGUCGGCCUGAUGGUCGGUAUCGGCGGUGGUGCACCAAACUCCAAGCAAGACAUCCGCCUUGGGGACGUCGUGGUGAGUGCUUCUAGCAAUGGCAAGGGCGCGGUGUUCCAGUACGAUUUUGGAAAGGCCGUGCAAGGCCAGGAAUUUCAGGAGACGGGAUUCUUGAAUCAGCCACCCACGGUUUUGCGAACAGCGGUGAACGGACUUAUGACGCAGUACAAGCGCAAAGGGCACCAGAUUGAUACAUCUAUCAACAACAUUUUGACUAAGAACCCGAGACUCAAGAGAGAGUUUGGCCGGCCCGAGUCGAGCACCGAUCGACUAUAUCAGCCUGGAGCAGUUCACCCGCCAGAUGACCAGUCUAGCUGCGCGACAGCUUGUGGCGAUGACCCAUCGACCUUAAUAGUACGACCCAAUCGUACUGAAUACAAAGACAAUCCGUCGAUUCACUAUGGUCUGAUCGCUUCGUCGAACAGACUAAUGAAGGAUGCUUUGACUCGGGAUACACUUGCAGCAAAGAAGGGCGUUCUCUGUUUCGAAAUGGAAGCGGCUGGUUUGAUGAACCACUUUCCCUGUCUCGUUAUCCGCGGCAUCUGCGACUACUUCUGA